GCUUAACAGCUGCUACUGCUUGGUGAGUAUAUUAUCACGGUGACCAUAUGGGCGACGUGGCCACAGCAAGAAACGCGCCGGCGGCGAGCACGGCGAACAGCCUCCUGCUGCUGCUCUCGCUGUCGCUGUCGCCGGCCAGCAAGGUGAUCGCCAAGCAGGGCGGCGGCAGGCGGCUGGGGGGCGACGACAGCGCGUUCCGGUGCCGCACCUGCGGCCGCAGCUUCGCCACGUUCCAGGCGCUCGGCGGCCACCGGACCAGCCACAACCGGCCUCGGGUGCUCGGCGCGCGCCCCGGCAAAGGCGGCGGCACCGCGACGGACGCCCACCGGUGCAACGCGUGCGGCAUGGUGUUCCCCACCGGACAGGCGCUCGGCGGACACAUGCGCAGGCACAGGGCGGCUGCGGCGGCGUUGGAUGUCGCCGCGCCGCUGGAGGCGCCGCCGCCGAAGACGGUGUCUGGGUUGUCGGAAGAAGAAAGCGAUGACGAGAAUUAUUACACGGGCCACUUGUCGAGUACCUUAAUCCAGUUCAUAUGAGUGAUUGGUCGGUGUCAUGCAGCAAAGUUAGGUUUGGAGUGGUUGAUAUAUACUGCAUGUUCAUUAGCGUAUGAACGCGUAAACGCGUCAGUUUCAUUUAUUUUGUAAUUUUUUGUUGCAAGGACGACCAUUAUUUGGGGUAUUGAUCUGAUCGUUACACUGGUUAAUGAAACGAUCCAAAUUUCAAGUUGCUAAUAGCA